CGCAGGCGCAGAAGAGGCGGAGCUCUUACAAGCCACGCCCCGGAAGCAGAAUGCCUUGCCUGAAGAGUCUGAAACAGGAAGCUGAUUACUCUCAGGAAUACAAGGCGUAAUUGUCUCUGACUCUCCCAAGGAUCGCCCUUCCCAAUGGCUUCAGCGUGUCCCUUUCAACCCUCAUUGACUGGCCUUCGUGGUCCCUAGCAAGAGGAGCAGCGUGUUCGCCGAAUACGAGGACAAAAACCAUGGAUUCCCUGGAUCAUAUGCUCACCGACCCAUUGGAGCUGGGCCCUUCCGGAGAAGGAAAUGGCACACAAAUCAUGGAAGACUGCAUGCUGGGAUCCAUACGCAUCAGCCUGCCAGAAGAUCUCUUGGAGGAUCCGGAGAUCUUUUUUGAAGUGGUCAGCCUGUCCACAUGGCAGGACGUCCUGGUGAACUCACAGCGAGAACACUUGAAGAAGUUCUUACCCCAUUUCCCAGAAAACAACACAGAGCACCAAAACAAUCUCAUUUUGUCUCUGUUCAAUGGAGAAAACUUCCGGUUUGGAAACCCUUUACACAUUGCCCAAAAGCUGUUCCGAGAUGGUCACUUCAACCCUGAGGUAGUAAAAUAUCGGCAGCUGUGCUUCAAAUCCCAAUACAAGCGUUACCUCAGUUCCCAGCAGCAGUACUUCUAUCGGUUGCUGAAACAGAUCUUAGCCUCCCGGAAUCAUCUUCUAGAGUUGGCCAAGAAAGGUGGCCCCAAUCUGGCUGUGAAGAGGAAAUACUCAUCAGCUGCUUGCGCUGCUGAAGAGCGAGACAGACAGACCCAUCGGCGGUACCUGAAAAUCCUCAGGGAAGUGAAAGAGGAAUGUGGAGAUACUGCUUUAUCCUCUGAUGAAGAAGAUCUUAGUUCCUGGAUUCCAAAUUCCCCAGCUCAUUGCCCAAGUCCUACUGUUGCUCUCAGGGUAUUGCCAACAUUAUCUACUCAAGAUAUGAAAACUGCAGAUAAAAUGGAUUUUGAUGAGAACGUUCUGAAAUUCAUGCUGAGGAAACAUCAUGAGAAACGCAAACGGCAGCCUAACCAUCCUGAUUUAAUAACCGGGGAUUUGACUCUGAAUGACAUCAUGGCGCGUGUGAAUGUGGGCAGAAAGGGAUCCCUGGCAGCCUUGUUUGACCUUGCGGUGCUCAAAAAGAAAGUGAAGGAAAAGGAGGAGAAAAAGAAGAAAAAGCUAAAAGUGAUUAAAUCGGAGGCGGAAGACUUUUCAGAGUCCUUAGGAAACCCCGACGGAGGAAUGCCCUCGAUGUCUCGGGAUCCAUCCCCGAUUCCUCCCAUCUGGGAUUCGCCAUCUCUUCCAUCAGUGAAGGAAGAGCCUCUUGAAGAUAUCAAGCCCUGCCUUGGAAUAAAUGAAAUUUCCUCCAGUUUUUUCUCUCUUCUUCUGGAGAUUCUGCUAAUAGAAGGGCCUUCUAGUCUCUCAGUGCUUGAGGAUAAAGUUAUGGACUGGCAGUCCUCUCCUGCGAGCACACUGAACAGCUGGUUCUCCUUUGCCCCAAACUGGUCCGAACUUGUUCUGCCGGCCCUGCAGUAUCUCACAGGUGACAGUGCAGAUGCUCCUUCCACGUCUUCUCCAUUUGUGGAAUUCAAGGAAAAAACUCAGCAGUGGAAACUGAUAGGUUCUUCCCAAGACCAUGAGAAGGAGCUGGCAGCACUCUUUCAGCUGUGGUUGGAAACAAAAGAUCAGGUCUUCUUCAAGGACAACGAAGAUAGCUCAGAUGCUACUAUACCCGUUCCCCGAGUAAGGACUGACUAUGUGGUCCGGCCUAGCACCGGGGAAGAGAAGCGUGUGUUCCAGGAACAGGAGCGUUACCGAUACAGCCAGCCCCAUAAAGCAUUCACGUUCCGCAUGCACGGCUUUGAGUCAGUGGUAGGUCCCGUGAAGGGCGUGUUUGACAAGGAGACAUCUCUGAACAAAGCCCGAGAACACUCUUUGCUCCGAUCAGACAGGCCUGCGUAUGUCACCAUCUUGUCACUUGUCCGGGAUGCUGCUGCCCGCCUUCCGAACGGAGAAGGGACUCGUGCCGAAAUUUGCGAGCUGCUUAAAGACUCCCAGUUCCUUGCGCCUGAUGUCACGAGUGCUCAGGUUAACACUGUGGUGAGUGGGGCACUAGAUAGACUGCAUUAUGAAAAGGAUCCCUGUGUAAAAUAUGAUACUGGGCGUAAACUGUGGAUAUAUCUUCACCGAGACAGGAGCGAGGAAGAAUUUGAGCGGAUCCAUCAAGCUCAAGCUGCGGCAGCAAAGGCCAAGAAAGCUCUUCAGCAGAAGCCCAAGCCUCCUGCUAAAAUAAAAUCCAGCAGCAAGGAGAGCUCAGGGAAAGUGGCUCCGAGCGCCGCCUCCGAGCCAAGCCAGCUGAGCCUCAGCGACUCCAGCAUGCCAGCCACGCCUGUGACGCCAGUGACCCCCACAGCCCCUCUGGUACCAGCAAUGCCUAUUUCACCACCACCAACACCAGCAGUUUCUGUGGUUAGCAAGAAUUUGCCGAGUGUUACAUCAGAACAAGCUAAACCCAAUCAAAGCAUCCUUUUGGUGUCUUCUCCCACCAUGCCUCAGCUUGGCACACUGCUCUCGACCACGCAAAGUCCUCCUGCACAGACUCAGCCGCCUCCUCCUCCUCGUGUGACCAGCCACUCAUCCCCUUCAGGACUCCCGCAAGUCCGAGUGGUGACAGCACCCACUAGCCUCCCUCCUGUCUCCCAGCCGGCCCCAGCAACAACACAGCCGCCACCAGUAGCAGCACCUGCCCCUCCGAUCCGUGUACCUUCGACUUGUGCACAAACUAAAGUCCUGCCUCAGGCUGUUAUGACGGUUCCAGUGAAAGCCCAGAGCAGCCCAGUCCAGACGCAAAGACCGGCUGUAACAGGGGCAGCCAGUGUUGCAGGCAUUGGAAUUUCUACAGCCCCGAGCCCUGCUCCAAAACCCACAAGCAGUUCUCCUAGCAGCUCUGCACCCAACGUCUCUACUAUUUCUUUAUCACCGUCAACACAAUCGUCUUUGUCAUCUUCCUCCUCUUCAUCCACUGCUGUCCUCCAGAAUGUUGCUGGCCAAAAUAUUAUCAAACAGGUGGCUAUUACUGGACAACUUGGCAUGAAAAGCCAGCCUGGGACCAGCAUCCCGCUCACCACUUCCAACUUCCGCAUCCAAGGCAAGGAUGUCCUACGCCUGCCUCCCUCUUCCAUCACGACCGAUGCCAAAGGGCAGACCGUUCUCCGCAUCACCCCAGACAUGAUGGCUACUUUGGCCAAGUCGCAGGUCACCACUGUGAAACUGACGCAAGACCUUUUCUCAAGUGCUGCCGCCGGGAGCACUUCUGCCGGGAAGGGCAUCUCGGCCACUCUGCGCGUGACGUCCAGCCCCAUCCAGUCUUCUGACUCUCCGGCCAAGACCAGCACUCCGGCCUUGGCCUCCCCAAGCUCUGCUGGGUCCACAGUGGUGAAAGUGACUCCGGACCUGAAGACGGUGGAGUCUGCUGGUUCGGCCUUCCGACUGAUGCCAGCUUUGGGCAUGACUGUCGCAGACCAGAAGGGCAAAGCCAUCACGACGGUGGCUACCACAGAAGGCAAGCCAGCCACCACUAUCAGGAUUGUACAGGGGAUGGGAGUGAUGCCCCCGAAAGCUGGGCAAACCAUUACGGUCGCCACUCAUACCAAGCAGAUGCCCUCUUCCUCUUCUGUGAGCAUGCCUGGCACCGUCCUUACCUCGGCUGUCUCUCUGCCGACCAUGUCGGCAUCGGUAUCCAAAGCAGUGGCUGUUGUGUCGGGAGCCGCAGGGGCGCCCAUAACGAUUGGAACGGGGACCACCACCGUGCGCCAGAUUCCAGUGAGCACAACUGUUGUAUCCACCUCCCAGGCAGGGAAGCUGCCUGCGCGGAUCACGGUGCCCCUUUCGGUCCUAAAUCAGCCAGUGAAAGGCAAGAGUGUUGUGACUGCGCCCAUCAUUAAGGGCAAUCUUGGAGCCAACAUCAGUGGACUGGGUAGGAAUAUCAUCCUCACCACAAUGCCAGCUGGGACAAAGCUGAUUGCCGGGAACAAGCCAGUGAGCUUCCUAACCGCACAGCAACUGCAGCAGUUGCAGCAACAAGGCCAGGCCACGCAGGUGCGCAUCCAGACGGUGCCGGCCUCCCAUCUCCAACAGGGAACAGUCUCUGGUUCGGCCAAAGCGGUCUCCACGGUGGUCGUCACCGCUGCCCCGUCUCCAAAACAGACCCAAGACCAGCAGUAAAUCCAGCUACAAAACAACAA